GCAUGCUGCGGCCCCAAUCUGGCCUUUGCAGGGCACAAAAAGGAGCCGCAAACAGACUAGUUAGAUAGGAAGAUUUAGGAAGACAUCUACAAAAUUAAGGAAGAGUUAUUGUAACCUGGUGGCUGAGAGGCCUUUGGAGGCUGGUCAUUUAGUGGAAAGUCCACUAGCAGCACAACACACAUGCUACAAGAGAGUCCUAGGGAGGAAGGUCCACCAAAUGUUUAUUCUGCUUCUGGUGGCCUUGGGUAGCAGGAUCAGGGUGUGUUGUUGCAAAUCCUGUGGAUUAAGAGGAUGAAAGGUCCCUGACAUGCCUAGAAAAACUGCUUGAUAUUAUCCAGAUGUUAUUUUGUCCCAUUAGGAUCAGUGGGAACCACCCACAUGCCUCUCCCCGUCAGUAGUGUACUGACAAACAUAUGGAUUUGAUGGAUCGUCUGCUGCAGAUAUCCUUACAGGGAGUACUGUAAUUUAACUGCUACAGUUUACUGGAUCUCUAAGACUGAGACACUCUUUAAUCAUAACCCCUUCCAAAAAUUGUGGGUCCUUGGUAUCUGCUUUGAUUCCAGGACAUCCUGAGGAUGCCAGAAUCUGUGAAUGCUCAAGUCCUGUUCUGUACAGUGGGUUAGUAAAAUGGUGUUCCUUAUAUAAAAUGACAAAAUCAAGGUUUGCUUUUUAGAAUUUAUAUUUUUUGGAAUAUUUUCAAUGUGUGGAUGCUUGAAUCUAUGGAUAAAGAAUAUGUGGAAAUGGCGAGCCAACUGUAAAUUGAAAUUAAAUGACCUGCCUUUAGAAGAGCUUACCUAUCAGGUGCCCUUAAAAGUCUCCUGCCAUGAAUAUGAAAGUUAGUUAAAUGUGGUUAGUGUUAUUGAGGUUGCAGGUCCCAUUCUGCUGUAGUUCAUGCCAUGAGCCAGAGUUAGAGAACUCUGGGAAUGUAAUGGGGAAUACAUAUAUUGAAGAAGGACUGUGGUUGGGGUUAUGUCUUUCAUGAAUGCUCAAAUGUUAAACUGUUGUUGUAUUUGCCAUGGUUUAUUGGUUAUUAUGAUGUUUGCCCAUUAGGAUGCCUAAUGUUUAAUUCAAUGGAUAUGGAAUGUGUUUGGAGAAUUAACUAUAUUAAAGAUGCUGUUUGUUCUGAUGGAUUAACUGGCUUUGGCUUUUAAAUCCUGGAUGGUUUGGAUGCCUGUUUACUGUAUAUCAGAAAAGAUGACUCGAUAGAUGCUAGAAAUGUAUAUGAUGACAAUGGUUACUGUAUAGAUCAAUGUGAGAAUAUGUUAGAGUUUGAUUAAAAGAAUGCUCUGUGUUAAGGUAAUAUCUUAGUUAUUCCAGGGUAGGGCAAGGUCUUGGGAAACUGAAAUUAUGUGUGAGGCAGCAGGUACAAUGCUGUCGUAGUGAGAAGAGGAAACUGUUUAUGGUUGUAGACAUCUGGAGUCUGUCUUGGGGAGGUGAGAACAGAGAAAGCAAUCUAUGUGAAAGAAUGCAAUAUUUGGGAAUUAUAGCACAAAAGUGAUUGGGAAACUGGUGGGAAAGUUGGUUGAGUGGGAAAUUUUGGCGCGAACUGACCAAUGGUUGCGAUGAUGUGAUUGUCCCCCCACCGAGUUGAACUGUAUAAAAAUGUAUGUACCUCAACAUGCCUCAGAGCUGACAAUAUUCUAAAGUCAUUUAGUUGUCUGUUAUUCUGUGGCUUCUUUUCUUUAAUAAAUUGUUCUGAGAAAUACUGGUUAUUACUGAGAGAAGAUCUUGCUUAACAGCGAACCUUGACACUAGCCAAGAGAAUUGGCUUGUACAGAGAUGCAACAUGUAGUAGACAGUUCUCUCUCUGCCAGUGGAUAUCCUGGUCCACCAAAGCUUAUUCAUUUAUUUAAUGCUUUAUUUUGCUAUACCCUUUCUGUUCUAUUAUACACCUUUGGUUUUGUGGACACUGCUAGAGAGUUCCUUAAUAAGCAUGCAUCCAGAGAGAUAGAUUAAGAAUAUAGAAAACUGUCUUAUUCAGAGCUAGACCACUGAGCUGUCUGGGCAGCGACUCUUGAAUGGCAUCAGCUCUCCUGAGUUUUAAGUAGGAUACUUUCCUGCCCUGACCGAAAGAUCCCUAGUAAUCCCUGGUGGGUUCCCCCCUUCAGUUACUAACUAGGCCAGACCAUUCUUUGCUUCUGAAAUGAGGCAAUAACUAAUAACUUUUUGUGUUCACGGUGGUAGGUGGUAAGAGUUGUGGAGAGGGUCUUUGGACUCAUUACUGCAGAAAUUCAUUCAAAAAGGACAAAUCAGCCAUGCCUCACAUUCUACUAUGUUCUACUAAUUAAUUCUACUAAUUCUACUAAUUAAUAUGAAAAGGCUGACUUGGAGGCACAGGGAGACUGACAAUGACUGUGUAGAAGGUUCUUCCAGUCAACAAGUUUAAUUUCUGGGAAUAAAGGCUGUUUUACUGUUUUCUUUCAUAAAGUAAAUUCUGUUUGUAUUGGUUAUCCUGGAAGGGUACUUUCUGAGAAAAAAGAUACUUGCACUAAACCUGGUAAGUUACUUUUGUAGAUGUGUGGGUUUUUUCUUCAUCAGAUUUAGCAUUUAGGAGAGUUCUUAGCAGGGCUGGGGAGUAGAAGUAAAGGAGUAAGAGGUUUCUACAGGAGUAGGAAUAAGGCAUAACCAGCCUUGCAAAGCAACCAGGACUUUUCCCUAGGGCUGGGGAGUAGGGGUAGGAGUUGGAGUAAAGAAGUAAAGAAGUAAGAGAUUUUUUAUAGGAUUAGGAGUUAUAUUAAGAAAAAAUAUCUUACUCCAGAGUAGGACAAGGAGUAACCUCAAAAUCCCCACUUCUCCCCAGUCUAAGCCUAGCAUCAGUUGAAUUCCAAUAAGGUUUUGCAGAGCUCCUGCUUUUAUGGCUUCUUCUGUAAUAUUGGUCUGCUGUCAGUCCUUCAAGCAGAACUUAGAAAUAACUACUCAUAAAUAGCAAGUAAUAAUUCUUUCUUCUAAUAACUAAGGCAUAGUACAGUCUGUUCUUAUUAAACAGGAGAUGAUGUUACUCAUUUAGUAGUGUAACAGCUUUUACUUACUUUUAUAUUACAGUGUGUGUGGCCUCAUUACCUUAGUGCAUUUUCCCUCACAGGUUGGCAUCCAGAUGUUUUAGAAAGGUAGCUAAGAAGUAACUAUUGAAAGGAGUUGGGAAUAAUGAGAAAAUAAUGAGUUGCUGUACUUUAAAAAUUACAACUAUAGUGGUAACCAAUUACUUUGAAGGAGACCUUGAGACUCUUAGCUACGUGAAAAUGCAGGAAGCCGAUCGAGUAGCCAAAAUACUCCGCUCUAUUCUCCAGUCACAUAAAAACGGAGUGCCAUUUUAUCGUUUGCAAGGGGAAUAUAAAUCUUUCACGGGUGAUGUGAUUCCUUUUAAGCAGCUGGGGCAUUCUAGUCUGGAAGAAUAUCUGAAAAGUAUUCCUGGAUUUGUUAGGUUUGAAGCUGGUAAAAGUGGUGAGGUGAUUUGCUGUGCUGUUGUUUGCGAAGAGACUGCAGGGAUUGCUCAACUAGUAGCCUGCCAGAGAACCUCCAAAAGGAAAUCAAGCCGGGAAGUGAACUGUAGGAUGAGGCUGAAGCAAACUGCUCCACUUGCCUCAGUAGGCAAGCCAAAAGGCACAUUAAGACAACCAGGAUUCGUGAAUGUGGCAGAGGAAGGCAGGAGACCUCUGUUACCAAUGCUGAGAAAUAAAGGAAGCUAUGUAGGUGUUCGGCCUGGUAUGAGCACUGCACCAUAUCCUCUGUCUCCCGAAUAUGUGAUGGCUGCACCAAAGGAAUUCGUAAUACAAGGACACAUGACUGUGAACAGGCCUGAGAGAAGAUUAGUGCUCCCACCAAGGUUUCACAAAGAGCUUCAAGAUCAUCUUUCAAGAAACUUGCCAUUAGACUUGAAUGAAAAUGUAAAAAAGACAAGGCCGUUAAUGCAACCAAUCCCUCCGCCUCCUCCAAACAUCGAUAUAAAUGACAUUCAGAAAAGAAUUAAAGAGAUCAUAAAUCGUUUCAGCAAUGGAAUAUUGCUGUCAAAGAUACCGCACUUGUACAAAGAGAUGUAUGACGAAGACUUGAAUGCAGCCUUGCUGCCACAGUUGGAAUGCUGGCCUCACAUUUGUGUGGCAGAAAAGGUAUCUUCUGGUGGUUGCUCUGAUGUAAUUCUCUACCCUGCUGGCAAAGCAUCUCAUUCAGGAAGGGAUGUUACCAGCCAAGAAGGAAGACCUCAGCUGCCAUUAUUAAGGCAGACUACAGAGACCAAAGCAACUGUACUCGAUGGGGACUUAAAACAACAAGUUGCAUCCAUUUUGUUAAAAUAUCCCAAUGGUCUUUGGGCCAGUGCUCUCCCAAAGACGUAUGAAAAUAUGUACAAGACAACAUUGCCUCAAGAUCUUCUGAGCAACCUGGACUUGCUCUCGGAUAUAUGUACAAUAGACUACACAUCUGGAAACCCAAAUAAGGCCAUCCUUUAUGCAAAGUCAAAGCAGGAAGUCGAUGAGAAUCUUAAUGUUACUGGCAAAAUACCUGAAGAUUUGCAGAGACCAGCUGAGCAGCAAUCUACUGACGUGCUUCAAGAAUCCCAAGAAGAGUGUUCAGAGAAUAUAACAGUACCUCCUUUAAUUAUCCCAGAAGAGUCAUCACCUUCUGUGUUGGUAGUGGAACUGAACUCUACAAAUGAAGUUGUUGUCAGAUAUGUGGGAAAAGGCUAUUCUGCUGCCCAGGAGUUAAUGGAAGAUGAGAUGAAGAGUUGGUACAGUCAGAACUCCUCCACUUCACAGAUACAGUCACCUGAAGUUGGUCAGGUUGUUGCUGUGCCAGCAGAAGAAGAUGCUUGGCUGCGGGCACAGAUUGUUUCAAUAGAAGGCAGUAGAAUAAAGGUAUGCUACGUUGACUAUGGUUUUAACGAAAUCAUUGAAAAUACUAGAGUGUACAAGCUUGCCAAGCAUUUCUGUUCACUACCAUUCCAGGCUUCAAAGUGUAGAUUAGCAGGGUUAGAAGCCUUCUGUGAUGAUGUAGUUUUGGUGAAGAUGGUGGAGUCUCAAACCUGUGGAAAGAUAUUUGCUGUAGAAAUACUGGAGAAGAGUGACAUUCCCCUUGUCAUCCUAUAUGACACUUCUGGAGAGGACGACAUUAAUAUUAAUGCUGUUUGCUUGAAGGCACUUUGUGACAAAUCUCUUGAGCUUCAACUUCAGGUAGCUGCUCUCUAUACAAAUGUCAGAGUAACCAAUGUUUGUUCAGAUGGAACUCUAUAUUGCCAGGUGCCAUCAAAAGGCCUGACUAAACUCUCUGAAGUUAUGCAGAAAUUGGAAAAUUAUUUUAACCAUAAGAAUGCAGCGGACUAUUCAGUGUCACUACCUUACUGCGGCAUGAUUUGUUUGCUUAAUUGUAAAGGAAAAUGGGCACGUGUGCAGAUAACAAGUGUUCAUAGUACCCGGGCUCUUGAUGUACAGUUUAUGGACACUGGAACAGUAGCAUCUGUAAAAGUGGUGGAGCUAAGAGAGAUUCCCUCAGCGUUUCUUCGUGAAAUCAUUGCAACCCCACCUCAGGCAAUAAAAUGCUGCUUGGCUGACCUUCCUCUUAAUAUUAGCAUGUGGACACCGGAUGCUGUACUUUGGCUGAGAGAUACGGUAUUAAACUGUCCUGACUGCAGCAUAAAGGUUGUGAAACUGGAUGAUAGGAUUGCACACAUUUAUUUAUUUACACCGAUGAGCUUCCCAGAUCCGGACCGCAGUAUAAACAGGCAAAUCACGAAUGCAGACUUGUGGAAGCAUCAGAAGGAUGUCUUCUUGAGCGUGAAACCAAGUAGCAUCUCAGGAAAGGGGGAUGCAGACUUAACAGAGCUGGCAAGCAUGGGGGUCAAGAGCGGUUUCACAAAUUCAGUUCCACGUCCUCCAGAAACCAGCAGCAUUGGAACAGCCUUGAAUAUGCCACCACCCUUGCCAUUGGCCCAGCCCCAGGAGCAUAUGGAUGUUUUUGUCUCACUGGCCUGCCAUCCAGGUUACUUUGUCCUGCAACCCUGGCAAGAGAUGCACAAUUUAGAAGUACUAGUGGAAGAAAUGCUUCUGUACUAUAGUGCAUUAGAUGAGGGACCAAAUGCUGUUGAAAAAAACAAACUCUAUGCUGCUAAAGUGAAAAACAAAUGGCACAGAGUGCUAGUAAAAGGAAUGUUGGCAAAUGGACUGGUGUCAGUAUAUGAACUGGAUUAUGGUAAACAUGAGCUUGUCAGCAUCCAGAAUGUAAGACCUCUGCUAAACAUGUUCAGAAAACUGCCCUUUCAGGCCAUAACAGCCCAGCUUGCAGGAGUAGAGUGUCAGCAGUGGUCAGAGGAGGCAUCAAUAGUUUUCCGAAAUCACGUUGAGAAGAAACCUCUGGUGGCACAGGUGCAAGCAGUUAUUGAUGCAACUAAUCCAUGGGACCGAAAAGCUGUUGUCUAUUUAGUCGACACAUCACUACCUGACACAGAUAUAUGGAUUCACGAUAUUAUGACUCAGUAUUGUAUGGAGAUUUCAAAGGCAAAUUAAUCAGUUUUUCAAAUUUCCACAAGUUCAGCAAUAAGAUGAUAAAUGGUAAUAUAGCUGUGACUAAAAUACUGGUUUACUUCUGAUUUUGCACUGUUUAAUACUAGAAUGUUGUGUAUAAAAAUAAAUAUUUCUGUUAACUUA